CCACUUCAAUAUAGUUCACAAAAUUAGAAACUGCUUAAGUCGUAAUUAAUUUAUUGCUAACAUGAGCUUCAUUGCGUUGUUCUUCACAACUAUCGCUAGAUUGCUGUUGUAAACAAUCCAGUGAAGUGGCAAUCUACAUUUUGUGAAAUAGAGAAUUCAGAGAUAACAAUGUUUUGAUUUUGAUCAGUCCCAUUAGAAGUUGUUUUUAUUUUGGGGGGCUUCAUUCCAUGCUGCAGCGUCAAUGAAAUCAGUCUUGAAAGGCCCAGUACACAACUCUUUUUCGUUUACAAAUUCGGGGAGUUUACAUGACGUAGGUGUCCACACGUUCUUUGACGCAAAAAGCGGAAGUUCUGAAGACCGUGGAAGUUCAUCGACUCGUGACGGAGUGACUUGCAAAUCUCUUCCCGAAUUCGAAUGAAAAGCAGGCAGAUUCAAGUCAGUAUUCCGAUUUGUUGUCUGACGCUGUAUUGCAGUGCACUCCUUUGCAAGCGUCCACAUUGCGUUCCGAAAUCGAUGGCAUUGUGGAAUAGAAAAGACCUCGAAAUCGGGAAGAAACGGAUUUAGAAGCCUCUUCAUUACAUCUUGGUCUGCAGAUUCGACUUUGCCGUUAUAGCCGCAACUAUUGCGGUAAAAAUCAAGGAAUGUAGCAGAUAACUGUCUCGUACAAUGUAGUUAAAGGAAACAUAUACUACACCUACACCUACUGUAUGUUUUAUGUUUUCACCCGUUUGUCAUCCGCCAUCUUGAAAAUGAGCUCGCAAUCUGCCAGCGUUUGUUUUAGUUGCGCAUAUUCAAUGAGUGGUACUCGCCCCAGUGCCAUUCGUCUGUCGCGAAAUUUUGACAUGUUUUGAUACACUUCCAAAAGCAUUUUGAGCGAGUUUCACGUCAGAAAACAGCCUUGCAAAUAUGUUUGAUGUUGCUCUGAGUAAAGCUGGAGCAAGUAUCGCUCUUGCAACAUCGUUUGAUGAAAAUUAUCCGCCAGAAAACAUCAUAGACGGAAGUUUAGACACAUUCUGGCCAACAACAGGAAUGUUCCCUCAAGAAUUCAUCAUCAGCUUCACUGCAUUAAUGAGCAUAGGAAAUAUUAAAAUCUUAUCUUCAAACAUUAAAGGCCUUUGCAUAGAGAAAAGCACCAAAACAGAGCCAGUGGACUUCGAACCCCUUGUAGAUAAAGAGUAUGAACAUACAGAAGGUCAAAUGCAGAGGGAUGAGAUACAGAUUCCUGUUACAUCUGCUUCUCAUCUGAGAUUUCUGAUCAACAGUGGAUUUGACCAUUUUAUUUCAAUCCAUAACGUCAGUGUUGACGGCACAGCAGUAUUUGAUGCAAAAAGAGUUGAACAUAUAAAAUAUUCUAAUAAGCUAUAUUUUCUAUUGUCAGUUAAAGGCCUUUGCAUAGAGAAAAGCACCAAAACAGAGCCAGUGGACUUUGAACCCCUUGUAGAUAAAGAGUAUGAACAUACAGAAGGUCAAAUGCAGAGGGAUGAGAUACAGAUUCCUGUUACAUCUGCUUCUCAUCUGAGAUUUCUGAUCAAGAGUGGAUUUGACCAUUUUAUUUCAAUCCAUAACGUCAGUGUUGACGGCACAGCAGUACAUUGAACACAAGAACACAUUCAUGCAGACUAGUGAUCAAUAUUAUUUGUUGAAAUUAAGUUAUGUGUUUUAGGAAAAGACUAUCCUUGUUAUGGACUUUUGUAGAUACCGUGUAUAAAUAAUUUUCAUAAGAAAAAUUGAACAAUGAGAUCCAUUUAGCCAUAGUACUUUAGAAUCAUGUGCGUGCAAAAAGUAAAGUCUGCAUACGAGCAGAGUGGCUCAUCAGGCCGGAGCUUAUCCCAGUUUCUG